AUGCGCUUCCACGGGGCAAUAUCUGCGCUUCUUCUCGUUGCAUCCCACUAUACUUGUGCAUGCCCUACACAAAUCGAUGAGCGUGAGGCAGCUGCCCACCUAUCUCCUAUACUCAAAGGCCGCGACGUUACCAUCAACACGUACGACUAUGUCCCAACUAACGGACCCCUGACUUGGCACAAGACUCCUGGCAACGGUUUGUGCAAGUCUGGGACUCGCCAAUCCCCUAUCCUCCUAGGCAACGAAAUCCACCAGACCGGCGUGGGCGCCGUCCAAUUCAGUGCGCCUAACGCGGCAGGCAAGCUCGAGCACAAAGGGACGGGUAUUGAAGUCAAAGAAGUGAAGGGAACCCUGAAAUACGCCGCGCGCACCUACGAACUAGACAAUUUUCAUUUCCACACGCCGAGCGAGCAUCGCAUCCACAAAGAGCAUUACCCUGUCGAAAUGCAUAUGGUGCACAGAGACACGAAUGGCAAUAAUACCCUUGUGCUCGGCUUCGUCAUCCAGCUCUCUACUAAACAGUACAGUAGCCUGCCCCAUGUGGCACUCGCAAAAGUGGGCCAGAUUUCUCCAGGGCAGCACGUAAUGACCACUACGCUUCAAUUCGAUGAGAUUGCCUACUAUACAAGCCACCAGAGAUUCUACAGUUACGGUGGUAGCCUGACCACCCCACCUUGUACCCAAGACAUCCAAUGGCUUGUCGGCACCGAGCCUCUGCAUAUGGAUGUGGGCACCUACAAUGCGCUCAAACACGCCGUCAAGUACAACUCACGUAUUAUACAGAACUCGCCAGGGAGUACAAACGUGAUUCAACUCGCUUGCUAG